AGUGCUGCAGGGGACUAUAUAUUCUGAAUGUGAAAUGUUCUUCGACUGUGCAAGGCUGCUGGAUGCUACAGAGCUUACAGAUGGCUUCAGGAAUGACAGAUACACAGAUUUUUGGAGACAAGAAAUAUCUGGUGGCUCGCUCUGUUUAUUCAGUGCCAGCAUUCCAGGAGAUAAAUGAAAAGAAAAAAGUUGCUCCAAAACCUCUUCGGAAGAGGAUGAAAUUCUGGUGUACAUCCGAAAGGGCUCUAAAGGCAGCAAAGUCUGUUUUCCCAGUCAUUGACUGGCUGCCUAAAUACAGAUGGAAGGAAUGGUUUAUCUUUGAUCUUAUCUCAGGAAUCAGCACUGGAUUUGUUGGUACAUUGCAAGGUCUGGCAUUUGCUCUACUUGCUGCUGUUCCUGCUGGAUAUGGACUAUACUCAUCUUUCUUUCCUGUGCUGACAUAUUUCUUCCUGGGCACAUCUAGACACAUUUCUGUUGGCCCGUUUCCAGUAAUCAGUUUGAUGGUUGCAACAGUUGUGCUAAGGAUGGCUCCAGACGAAAACUUUAUAGUAGCCAACUCUACUGGACUGAAUGGAUCUGUGAUAGAUACGGAAGCCAGAGAUGCAGCCAGAGUCCUGGUUUCAGGAACACUCAGCUUUCUUAUUGGAAUCAUACAAUUGGUGCUCGGAGCUCUUCAGUUUGGCUUCAUUGUCAGAUAUUUGGCAGAUCCUCUGGUUCGAGGCUUUACCACAGCUGCAGCUUUUCAAGUUGUAGUCUCACAGAUUAUAUUGAUGCUCAAUGUUCCUGCAGGAAAUCACUCUGGAGUAUUCUCUGUAAUAUAUAAAAUUGUUGAUAUUUCUUCGAACAUUGCAAAGACAAACUUUGCUGACCUUAUAGCUGGAAUUUUGACAUUAGUCAUCUGUGUGGUGGUGAAAGAAUUAAAUGAACGAUACAAAAAUAUUCUCCGUGUUCCCAUUCCAAUAGAAGUCAUUGUGGCAAUAAUUGCAACAGGAAUUUCCUAUGGAGCAAAUCUGAAAGAAACAUAUGACGUAGCCAUUGUACAGAAAAUUCCUAGCGGGUUUAUACCACCCAUGACUCCAGAUAUGAGCAUGGCUCCACAAAUGAUUGGUUCAGCAUUCUCUAUUGGAAUAAUAGCAUAUAUUGUAGCAGUGUCUUUAGGAAAAGUAUAUGCCAUAAAAUAUAACUAUGUGAUUGAUGGGAAUCAGGAGUUUAUUGCAUUUGGGAUGAGUAAUAUGCUUGGUGGUGCAUUUUCUUGUGUUUGUGCCACCACUGCACUGUCACGUACUGCUGUCCAAGAAAGUACCGGUGGGAAAACCCAGAUUGCUGGUUUGAUUUCAGCUAUAACCAUCAUGAUUGCAAUGUUGUCAAUUGGCACAUACCUUGAACCCCUUCAAAAGUCCGUACUGGCUGGUAUACUCAUUGCCAAUUUAAAGGGAAUGUUCCUGCAAGUGUUGGAUGUUCCUCGUCUGUGGAAGCUGAAUAAGUGGGAUUUAGCUAUAUGGGUUUUCUCAUGUGCAGCAUCUUUCCUUCUGGAUCUUGAUUUAGGAUUGCCCAUAAGUUUAGCAUUUGGAUUGUUCACUGUUCUUUUACGUAUUCAGUUUCCAUCCUGCAGUUCCCUUGGCAAUGUUCCUGGCACAGAUCUCUAUAAAGAUCUGAAGAAAUACAAAAGUGCAGUGGAACCCAGUGGAAUUAAAAUUAUUCGAUUUUCCAGUAGUAUUUUCUAUGGCAAUGUUGAAAGCUUCAAAAAUGGAAUAAGGUCUUUAGUUGGAUGUGAUGCAGUUAGAAUAUUUAACAAGAGAGCCAAAGCUGAGCAAAAGCUAAACAAACUUAUCAAGAAAAGACAAGUAACGCAGAAUGGGGUUAUACGUGAUAAUACAUCUGCUGAUGAUGAAGGUGACUUGGAGUCGCAUGUUGCUUUAAAAGUCCAUGAAGAGGUAGUGAGACAUGACCUACAGAUGGAAGAAGAAAAGAUCCAUGUAGAUUUACCUGUUAGUGCAUCUGUUCCAAAAGUCUCACUUCACAGCAUCAUAUUUGAUUUCAGCCAAGUAACAUUCCUUGAUGUGGUAGCAGUGGAUGCCCUGAAAAUGAUAUUGAGAGAAUUCAAGAUGAUUGAUGUGAAUGUCUACAUUGCAGGAUGUGAUGAUAAUGUUUUUGAAAAAUUAGAAGAUUUUUCCUUCUUUGAUAAAACGUUCAAACCAGACAUUUGCUUCGUCAGCAUUCAUGAUGCUGUGCUAUAUAUUGAGGACUGCAGAGGGCUUAAAAAUAAUCGCCAGUUGCAGGAUCAGGAAUAAAGAAUGCCAAUGUUAGAACCUGAAUAACGGACGCUGAUGAUCUGCAGAGAAAUCUUCUGCAUUUUCAAGCCAUAAUCACCUCAAGAACCAUCAUGAAAUGCCUACAGUUAUUUGGAAUCCAAGCAUCUUCCAUUUACUAAACAUUCGUUAAAAAGGAUUAAAACCAUUAUGUGU